CUUCACCAUUAAUUCACAGAUCAAACCCACAAGAAAUUAAAAUCACAAUGGAGAGAGUUAACAAGUUGUGUGUAGCAUUUUUUAUGAUCAGCAUGAUGAUUGCAAUGGCCUCGGCACAGAGUGCUACUAACGUGAGAGCAACAUACCAUCUUUACAAUCCGCAAAACAUAAACUGGGAUUUGAGAACAGCCAGCGCUUUCUGCGCUACUUGGGAUGCUGACAAGCCUCUCGCUUGGCGCCAGAAGUAUGGCUGGACCGCUUUUUGCGGUCCAGCUGGUCCUCGUGGCCAAGAUUCAUGCGGUAAAUGCCUGAGGGUGACAAACACAGGAACAGGAACACAAGCAACAGUGAGAAUAGUAGAUCAAUGCAGCAAUGGAGGACUUGAUUUGGAUGUGAACGUGUUUAACCAAUUAGACACUAAUGGAUUGGGCAACCAGCAAGGCCACCUUACUGUCAACUACGAAUUUGUCAACUGCAAUGACUAAGCUACCUCUUCCACAAAAUUAAAGCACCAUCAUCAAUAAUAUAAACCACGAUCGAGAUUGAUGUUUAGAAUAAAAGGGACUGAGCUUUUAAUAGUAGUAUAAUUUUAUGAAAGCUUUACACCACGUACUUAAUUGUAUGCCAUUCACGAUUAAUAGAAUAAAGUUAUUGCUAGUACUUAAUACUAUGAAGUGGAUGAAUACUUGUGUA